AUGUCGAUCGAAUACAACCGCACCCAAUUUGACGAGUAUGCCGCAGAGCUCGCUGGCCCGUCCCGAGACCGCCCUAUGCGCUUGGCCAUCGAGCAAAUGGUACGAAGAUUCUUCCACGAGUCCGACCACAAGAGAUGGGCCAAAGUCAUGGAGUUUUUCACCAACUUUCCCACUGUCAUCAGUCACCUAGGCCAGCCCGGGAGCAUAUUUCGCGGAAGGGCUGCAGCAAUCGAUUGCCUCAAGGUGGGGGCCGAGGCCUUUGAACGAACUGUCCUCCACACCAUCGUGGUGGACCGGGGUCGUGUGACUUGUCACAUCAUUAACUUCCACAUGGAUGCCAGCGAGGACGACGAGUUCCACGAAAUUGACCACAUAGUAGUCGUGGACCUUGACAAAACCAACCGGAUCGAGCGUCUCGAGUACCGCGAUACCACUCGCCGUAUCAAGAAGCACAAGGGAGGGCAACAGGUCCUCGGUGCUCUUGUGAGCGAGGCCGAACAGGACGCCAUCGCCGUUGACUACUCGGCUUGA